AACUCUUCUUUUAUACUAUACUACUAGUCUAACUCUCUCUCUAACUCUUUGAUCUAUCAAUCUCACUCUUCACUCACAUCCUCAGAUUCACAUGCUCUUGAGCUCUUCGAUUGCUUCCUUCUCCAAUGGCAUCGAUCAGUUCCUCCUCCGAUCAUCACCUUCCGGUGAGCAAGAGACGGUUAAAGCCAUUGAUAUUACGAGAUUACCUCCUCGAAGAUCUCAGCUCAUGCUCAUCCAACGGCUUCAAAUCAUUCCCUCGCAUCCUCAACGCUGAGGUCAAACGUUCAAGAACCUUCCACCACAGUCCUCGUCUUACCUGCGGGUUAGCGUUUAGUCACGCCGUUCACAAAGCUUCGACGGCGUUACUUACCGCCGUUAAACUCUUGCCGUUCCCUUCCUCUUCGUCUCGGAAGAGAGAUAACAAGAAAGUGCUUUUCUCAAGAAGCUUCUGGAGGAUCAAACGUUCGCGACGUGAGAUCAACGUCGACGGAGAGAACAAACAAGAAAGGGAGGAUCGUGAAAAUGAGAUCCAACGGUGGAGAUCAUUCGCUGAUUUUCUCCAAGAGAGUCAAGAUCAACCGUCCGAUCACGUUUUCACGACGGAUUCGUUUUCCGGUGAAGCGACAUUGUCAAACGACGCCGUCGGUGACUCGUUAAGUUUUAGUAGCGAGAACUCGGAGGUCGUGACUCACUCAUCAUCAGGCGAAGUAGUAGUUAUUAUGAGUGGGGAUUGUGUAGGGUCACAUGUUAGUGACGGAUCGUCUCUCCACGACAACACAGAGGAAUGCGUGAACGAAGAAAAAGAACAGCUCAGUCCAAUAUCGAUCUUAGAAUGCCCAUUUGAAGAUGAUGCUAUCUCUCCUCCUUCGCAUCACAAGGAAAGAGAUGAGAGGACGAAAAACGAGAGAAAAAGCAGAAGAUUUGAGACUUUGGUACGACUUGAGCCUGUGGAUUUAGAGAAACGCAUAGAGCAAUACGUGGGAAGACAAGAUUACAACUCUGAUCACAUUACUAAAACCGAAGAAGAUCAAUCCGAAAUCCGAGCAAACAGUUUGUUUGCUCUACUGAAGUCUAGAACAAUCGAGGAACAUAACCAUUUACUGGCAUCUCAUGUAGUAGACAAUGUGAUGCUAGAUUUUUUCAAAGAAAAAGGGAAUAAUGAGACAAGAGACGAGGACAAGCUGGUGGAUAUAGUUGAAGAGUGGGUGACGAGGAGACAAGAAGAAGAAUAUAAUAUGUUUACGAGUUGGGAAGUGAGAGAGAAUAGAGAGAUCUACGUAAAAGAAAUGAAAUGGGGUUGUAUCAAUGAAGAUGGGAGAGAGUACGUGGUUGAAGAGCUGCGGACUGGCUUAUUCAAUUCCUUGAUUGACGAACUUAUUCUUGAUUUAUCGUUGUAAAACUAAAUUUUUUUUGUCACAUAUUCGUUAUUGUAAUUCAUCACCAAACUAUAUGUAUUACUAAAUUUAUGAUAUAUGUAUAUCUUUUGGUUGUCU